AUGAACACCCGCCCGAAUAUCGAGUCGCCAAACACGACUCAGGUGCUCUCUGUAUCCUUCAACAAUGACUCAAGUUGCUUCGCCGUUGGAUUGAACUCGGACUUCAACGCAGGUGUUGGCCUCGUCCAGAUGAUGGGCACGACCAACUACCUCGCUCUCGUCGGUGGUGGCAAGCUGCCCAAGUUUGCAAGCCACAAGCUUCGAGAAGCCCCCAACCUGGUCUCCGUCUACGAAACAGCUGACAACCUCUCGGGGCUCGUUUGCUUGAAUGACAAAGUCCUGGCCUUCCCCGGCCAAACGAUGGGCCAAAUUCAGCUGGUGGACACCGCGACGGGCAAUGUCAGCAUUAUCCCAGCGCACUCUUCUGCUCUGAGAGCCAUCCAGAUCAGCCCUGAUGGCGAGCUAUUAGCAACAGCGAGCGACACGGGCACUAUAAUCAGGGUGUUUGCCACCGGCAGCUGCGCCAAGGUGGCCGAGCUCCGGCGGGGCAUCGAUCCCGCGACGAUAUUCUCACUGGCCUUUAGCCCUUCAGGCACCAUGCUCGCCUGCACGUCGGACAAGUCCACCCUCCACAUCUUUGACGUCCCGCACCCCAAGAAGCCGCCCCGGAAGCCCGCCAACCAGGCGCCCGCGCCCAGCACGGUUCUCCCGGGCGCCGGGGACGGCGACGGGCGCGGAAAUGGGGAUCCUCAGCAAGAUCCCCCUCCUGCCACGCGUCUUCUCGGACGUGUACUCGUUCGCCUCCGCCCCCUUUUCAGCCGGGGACGAGAGUCUCAUUGGCGGUUUGCCCCUCUCGGAGAGCCCGACGCCCGGCACCGCGCGACCGACCAAGGGCCUUAUCGGGUGGGUCGCUGA